UGUCCGCGCGCCACGCCCCCCUGCUCGCGGGCCGCGUGCGGAGCCGCGCGCCCGGGAGGCUCCGGGACCGUGGCGGCGGGCGGCGGCGGCGGCGGCGGUGGCGGCGGCGGAGCAGCCCUCCGCGGGCCAUGUCCUCUCCGGCGGUGGCGAGGAGCUCCCCGGAAGGGAGUCGGGAGAUGGCCCCAGCGCCGCAGGGCCGAGGCCGGUUCUGGGAAGUGGGCGGCGGCAGCGGCCACCGGCUGGAGCGCGCGGUCGCGGAGUCGGAUCGCUGGGAGCUGCUGCUCCGCCGCGGGGAGCUCCUGGCGCUGGGCGGCCACCUGAAGGGCGCGCUGGAGGCGUUCGCGGCUGCGCUGCGCCGCGGGGCCCCGGCCAGGCCUGAGUGCCUGGGUGUCCUGGUGGACUGCCUGGUGUUCAACUACCGGCUCCGCCACGGGCUGAGCUGGAGCGCGGCCCCGACUGCGGGUGCGGACGGCGGCGCCGGCGGGCUCCUCAGCUGCCUGGGCUGCCGGGGCUUCCUGAGCGAGCCGGUGACGGUGCCCUGUGGCCACAGCUACUGCCGCCGCUGCUUGCGGAGGGAGUUCCGCGCUCGCUGCCGCCUCUGCCGGGACCGGCUACCGCCCGCCACCGCCAGUGCCACCGAUGCUGAAGGGACUGCCCCGCGGCCGCCGCCUCUGGCCGCCGCCAUCGCCGCCUCCGACUUCAGAACCAGCGUCGUCCUCAACCACCUGGCCGAGAAGUGGUUCCCAGGCCAGCGCGAGCGGGCCCGGGCAGCCGGCCGGCUCGGGGAGUUGCUGCACCAGGGGCGCUACCGGGAGGCCCUGGCCGCCGCCUGCGAGGCGCUGCGAGCAGAGCCCAGUGACUUGAUUGUAAAAAUUUACAGAGCAGAAUCGUAUGCUGGUCUCCAAGAGUUUAAAGCAGCCAUAGAAGAUUUAAAUGCAGUUCUUUUUCAACUUCCAGAUUGGCCUGAGGUCUACUUCAGAAAAGGAAAAGUACUCCACGAUGCUGGUUUUUUAGGUGAUGCCUUACAACUCUUUCUUCAGUGCUUAGCCCUUGAUGAAGAUUUUGCACCUGCAAAGCUGCAAGUAGAAAAGAUUUUAUGUGAUUUAUUAUUACCUGAAAACUUAAAAGAAGGCCUGAAGGAAUCUUCCUGGAGUUCAUUACCAUGUACUAAAAACAGACCUUUUGAUUUUCCUUCAGUGAUGGAAGAGUCUCAGUCUCCCAAUGAGCCUAGCCCAAAGCAGAGUGAAGAAAUACCAGAAGUCACUUCAGAGCCCGUCAAAGGAAGUUUAAACCGUGCUCAGUCAGCACAGUCUAUAAAUUCAACAGAAAUGUCUGCCAGAGAAGACCGUUUAAAAAGAGUGUCCUCAGAACCUGUUCUGUCUGUUCAAGAAAAAGGUGUUCUGCUGAAAAGAAAGUUGUCUCUUUUAGAACAGGAUGUGAUUGUAAAUGAAGAUGGAAGAAAUAAGCUUAAAAAACAAGGAGAAACUCCCAAUGAAGUCUGUAUGUUUUCAUUAGCUUAUGGUGAUAUUCCAGAAGAAUUAAUUGAUGUCUCAGAUUUCGAGUGUUCUCUCUGCAUGAGGUUGUUUUUUGAGCCAGUAACAACCCCUUGCGGACAUUCGUUCUGUAAGAAUUGUCUGGAGCGUUGUUUAGAUCAUGCACCAUAUUGUCCUCUUUGCAAAGAAAGCUUAAAAGAGUAUCUAGCAGAUAGGAGGUACUGUGUCACACAGCUGUUGGAAGAAUUAAUAGUGAAGUAUCUGCCUGAUGAACUGUCUGAGAGAAAAAAAAUAUAUGAUGAAGAAACUGCUGAACUCUCACACUUGACCAAGAAUGUUCCAAUAUUUGUUUGCACUAUGGCCUACCCCACUGUGCCUUGCCCUCUCCAUGUAUUUGAGCCAAGAUAUAGAUUGAUGAUUCGAAGAAGUAUACAGACUGGAACCAAACAGUUUGGCAUGUGUGUCAGUGAUACACAAAAUAGUUUUGCAGAUUAUGGUUGUAUGUUACAAAUUAGAAAUGUGCAUUUCUUACCUGAUGGAAGGUCUGUGGUUGAUACAGUUGGAGGAAAGCGGUUCAGGGUUUUAAAAAGAGGAAUGAAAGAUGGAUAUUGCACUGCCGACAUUGAAUAUCUGGAAGAUGUUAAGGUUGAGAAUGAAGAUGAGAUUAAGAAUCUCAGAGAGCUUCAUGAUUUGGUCUACUCUCAAGCCUGCAGCUGGUUUCAGAAUUUACGAGACAGAUUUCGAAGCCAAAUUCUUCAGCACUUUGGAUCAAUGCCCGAGAGGGAAGAAAACCUUCAGGCAACUCCUAAUGGACCUGCGUGGUGUUGGUGGCUUCUUGCAGUUCUCCCUGUAGAUCCACGAUACCAGCUGUCAGUUUUGUCAAUGAAGUCUUUGAAAGAACGGUUGACAAAGAUACAGCAUAUACUGACCUAUUUUUCUAGAGACCAAUCUAAGUAACUAACUGCUUGGGUCUCCCUUUAAAGUUACUCUAAUCUGGCUGUGUUCAUGGCCAGAUUGUCCGCUGCCUUUGCACAUCUAGUGCUGGUUUCAGAAAUGUAAUGAAACUUUUUUUUUCCUUCAACCUCCUGAAUCGUGUGGUUCUGCAAAUGAAUACCUUCAACUAGGAUUUAGACCACUAAGAACUUGCACAGAAAAACACGCACUGAAUGUGUGUUAAACCUCUACAUUGUGAAGUUGCACUAUGUACCAUACUCAAAUGAAAUAAGAACUCUGUAUGUCUGUGAGAGAGAGAGAGAGAGUGUGUGUGUGUGUGUGUGUGUGCGCGCGCGCGCAUGCGUGUGUGCUUGUGGGGGGUUGGGUAGUGUGUGUGCAUUUUCUCUGGCUUUAAAAUUUUAAAACAAAAAAAGCCAUAGAGAGCAGAACUUGCUGAGGGUCAUUUAUUGCCCAGGUUUACAAGAGUAGUGAUACAAGUUUUUGCAAGUUGAAUUUCCUCAGAUAUAUCUGUCCUAAUGCUUAUAUUUGCACAACUAUGUAAAAUAUUGUGUUGAGGAUCAUUCUUUGUUGGAAAUACUGCUCUUGCUGAACUGUCUUGACCAUUGACUAUGACACAGUUUCUUAUUUAUGUAAAUACUUGCAUCACAGUGACCGACAGGCAUUGUAUGCAGAACCUAGAGCCAGUUUUCAGGAACAAUUGUAAACCUGACAUGGUACUGUGCAUCUAUUCAUAAAACACUCAAAACUGUGAAAAUAUGGUUUACAUUUAACUGUACAUAAAGGUAAAUGGAUAACUCAAUUCAGUACCAGUUAGUUUGUACAUUUUAGGGGGCUUUUCACAUUAACUGCCCAUUUAUGUAACUUAGAGUUUGACAUGAUAUGUUUGUUUAAAAAAAUACAUUGUAUAAACCCAUUAAGGAUCUGGGAGAAGAGCAGAAGUUUAAUAUAGAACUAAGCUUUUAAAAUUUGUUUUUGUUUUUAAUUCUCGUCUUGGUGCAAAUGUUAGUUAUGCCUUAUUCAUAUCACAGUUAGAUCACCAUGCCUACAACAUGGUUUAUAUUCAUGCUGCCCUAGAAACUUUUGUAAUUAUUUGUUGCAAACUCGUGACUGUCCCUAUUAACUUUCUUUUAUGUAAGUAAUUUGUAAAAGUUUCUUAAAAUUUUUGCUUUUGCUUAUUUAAUUUUGAAUAAAAGCUAAAUUCCUAAUA